CGUCCCUCCAUUCCUGUCCCGGCAGCGAGCUGCUGCACAGUCCUCUCAGUCUUUGGAGUGCUGAUGCUCGCAGUGAUUGGUCUCGGCUUUGCAAAUCAGUGGGAGGCUUUCGAAGGCUCAAAGAACGACCCGGAGGACUACAUGGGAGUGGCAACGGCAUGCUACGGAGCAGCACUGGUGUAUGCUGCCUUCAUCGUGUUUUGUGGAAGUCAGAUCUUUGCCAAUAGGAGGUACAGCAGGAUACAGAUCUAA